AUGAUAUCUAACCUUGUACCGCCAAGGUUGCAAUCUGGUGUCGCAUUGGAUGAUUACUUCUGUCAGUUUGUCAGGCCACUAUUGGUUCCCGCUCACCUGGGCUUAAUUGACGGUUUUCGUUGCUGUUGCGACGCGUUCAUGAGGUUCAAUGGUCAAGAACUAGGCCACAUUUCAGCCCAGUGGAACUCGGUCUUCGAGGGAAUAUUGCUAGUAAAACAACGUCCGGACUCGUUUUUUCGGCGCUCCAGUACCUUUACUGAACACUGGUGUCGCCUCAAGGGCAAUCUGUUGGUGAUCCUUCGCAAUGAAGGCACACGUUCCACCGACUUGGUCGGCGUUGUCUUACUGGAGCGGUGCUCAGUCAGGCUAGUCGUUGAUGCGGACGUCAGGAACGCCUUUCAAAUAGAGUUCAAAUUCGGUGAACCGCCUCUUCUUCUGGCGGCUCGUUCGGCGGAAGAGGCCAAAGUUUGGUGUGGCCACAUUGCCGCAGCUGGCCUCACUGAGUUGUCGGCGCGCAGAGCUCAGCUCCGUGAGGAGUUGCUGCGAAUCACCGGCAAGGACCCGCUCGAUCCACUCACCAGUGCUCUGCCGCCACUUCCUGCAACGAGUGGUUUGAUCGCGGAGAAAGUCUCGUCUGCCAGAGGCCCUGAGCCAAGCCUUAGGAUUACGGUAGCAGUGAAAGACGCCGGCGAGGCACAGACGUGGAACGUUGUCGCGGAAACUGAAAUUGAGACCAGCAUCUGUCCGACCUUCCUGAAAACGAUCAAACUGAGUUCAGAGAAGUACUCCAAGUCCUCGCAUAUCCAAUUCCGCCUUCUUGAGUUCAAGGAUCUUCGGUCUUCUGUGGCCCGUGUAGUUAGUAGCGCCGAGACAACCGUCGAAGCUCUGUCGAGUUCCACCGUGCUGGAUCUACCCAUGAGCGGAGUGGACGCGUCAAAUAGGCCUACCGGUCAGAGGUACCGCUUGGUGCUCCAGGUGAACCAACGUUUUUCCACCCUGCCUGACGAAAAUGUAAGUUAG